ACUGUCGGGAUGCGUUGAGCGAGUACACGGACUGUAGGGAGCAACGGCUGUUAUGGAGAUUAUUUUAUUUCCUUUGAAACCUAACGGAGAGAGGACUUAAGCGUGAUUAAACGGACAUGAAUUUACCGAUUGAGUUCAGCUGAAGCAAUAGAACUUGUCUUCCUGGUCUAUACUGAAAAAGUUAUUAAGAAUAUGAUCUGUCAUUGGCAGUCAUCUACGUCUCUACAUUAUCCCAUUGGAUCUCCAGUUUGUUUGCAGCUCUCAUCGGACGUUUGGAUGUCAGAAUUGAAAGUGUGAAAGAGUUGAAUGCCUAUGAGAGGAGACAGCAGAAGAUCCAAGCAGAAGCCACAGUCUUUGUGGUGUCAGAAGGAAUUGUGAAGGCAUUGAGAGUCUUGACUUGGAAGAUAUGGCAGAGCAUGCUGAGCUGCUAGCAGAGAUGGCGACUAUCGGCCGCCUUUCAGCCACCGAGCGCCUGAAGCAUGCACAGAAGAGACGGGCGCAGCAGCUGAAAGGCUGGGCUCAGAUGGAGAAGGACAGCCAAAAGGGCAACCACAAGGGAGAUGGGUUAAAGGAAAGCAGAAGGGUGACCUUCAACACCAGUGUGACGUUGCUGGAAGCUGCAGCCAGGAAUGACAUAGAAGAGGUACGACAGUUGCUCAAUAAUGGAGUCAGUCCAGACUUGUUCAACGAGGACGGGCUCACUGCACUUCAUCAGAGCUGCAUAGAUGAUUUUUUGGAUAUAGCACGCUGUCUUCUGGAUGCGGGUGCAAACGUGAAUGCGUGUGACAGUGAGCUGUGGACCCCUUUACAUGCGGCGGCCACCUGCGGACACACUGACCUCGUCCAGCUGCUGAUAGAAGCGGGUGCAGAUUUGUUGGCGGUGAAUGCAGAUGGAAACAUGCCAUAUGAUCUGUGUGAGGAUGAGGCUACGCUAGAGCUCAUAGAGAUGAUCAUGGCAGAGCAGGGGAUUACUCAGGAGAGAAUUGAUGAAUGUCGCGGAGCCAAGGAGAGAGCAAUGUUGUCUGACCUUCAGGAGCUGGUUGCGAGUGGAGCUGAUCUGAAUGUGAAGGACGAGCAGGGGGCCACUCUGCUGCAUGUAGCAGCUGCUAAUGGAUACAUGUCAGUAGGGGAGCUGUUGCUGGAGCACAGAAUAUCUCCUAACGACAGGGACGCUGAUGGGUGGACGCCACUCCAUGCUGCUGCCUGCUGGGGACAGAUCCAGAUGGUGGAGCUGCUGGUAGCUAAUGGUGCAAAUUUAAAUGCCAAGUCUGAGCUGGAUGAGAUGCCUCUUGAUGUGUGCACUGAUGAGGAGGUCCGGACCAAAAUGAUGGAGCUGAAACAAAAACACGAUGCCAUCAUGAAGGGUCAGGACAAACACAAGAACACAUUGCAGAGACGAGUGUCCAGCACGGGCAGCAGAGGUAAAGUAGUGAGGCACACCAGUGUGAACGAGCGCAGCAGUCUGUACCGCAGAGAGCAUCAGAAGGAAGCCAAAGUGUGGCAGGAGAGAGGAAGACAGACAGAUGCCCUGGAUGAUGAUGAAGACAGACAGACUGAUGCUGAACUGAACCUGCACGCUGCACUGGUGUCUGGCUCUAAUGCAACCCCUGUUCCUCCAUUAGAGGUCGGCGAGGUGGAAAAUGGAGCUCAAGUUUUGGGGAACGGCAGCACGGCUUCGUUUUCUUCCUCACUUCCAGGAGAACUCCAGGGCGGGGGCCGCAUGGAUCGCAGCGCCUCCUAUCAGCUCACUCCAGCUUCGGCUGCUGCUGUCGGGGACAACAUGAGCAGAGAGAGAUCUCACCACACGCUUGCAGAUCUCAAACGCCAGAGAGCAGCAGCUAAACUGCAGAAACAUCCAGCACCUCCUAUACCCCUGUCUGCAGACCCUCAGGAUGAGGUCGUUCCUGAAGGACCCCAGGGACCGCUGGAGCCCCCUGAAUCAGAACAACAGGAUGUGUCCCCCAGUGCAGUGUACUUUACCCAAGCUAGUGGAGAUCCACCUCUGCUGAGGCUGAGAGCACCAGAAGAAGACACAACUAAUACGAAAGAGCCAUGCUGUGGACUCAUGUAGAAGCAGCGGACGAACAUGUUUAGUUUCAUGUGAUUGUGCAGUUCCUGUGUACUACGUGGACAAACUAGAAUUAUAAGGCAGGUACGUGGAAAUGAGUUUUGUGUCCAAGUCACGCUUUCUCUCACAAUGGCACAUAGACAGAGUGAAGUCACGUUUUCAACACUAAUAUGAAUAAUUGCACCAAAUAUUUGAUGAUGGACUAUGUAGCUUUCUGAAUGGAUAAUACAAGAAAUCAGAAAAAAGAAGACCAAAGCACCCACAUUUAGAUAAUUUCAUGGAUUAAUUUCAUUAUUGCAGUAUUUCAAUCUUUUAAGAUCAUAUAAUUUUAGUUUAAUUAGUUGUUAUGGUCAUUAAAGUUCAAUACAUAGAGAAAAAAACUGACACUGAGCACUUUACUUGACCAAACUUUCAGCAAUCUUCAUAACUUUGAUGGAUAUACAUGUAGAAGUAUACUGAUCACAAAAAAGCACAUUUGAAUUGCACUGAUCAAAAUAAAGUUGCAUUUCAUUCACAGUUUUGCUGUAAUCUUACAACUAGCAUGCUUGCUCUUGUUGGUACCAUUUCAUAAUGCUUACUGCUUUCAACAAACUCGUAUCCCAGCAUCUGUCUAUUUGUUUAUUGCCUUUGAGAUUGAACUUAAGCUAAUUGUAAUGUAAAUAAAUAAUAAAAAAAAAUAUAUAUUUUAUAAAAAGAU